CUGAGCUGGUUCUGGGGUGAAAGGGUGCAGAGCAAGCAUGGCGUCCUCCACAGAGGCGGAUAGCGUGAGUGUAAACCCUGCACAGACACACGGAACGAAUCAAUCGAAAAGGAAACAGAGUAAAGUUGAUGAAUCAGACCUGUUGACCGUGCCAGAGGGAUGGAAAGAGAAACCAUUUACACAAGAGGACAACCCAAGGGGUUUAUUGGAAGGAAGCAGCUUUGCCACUCUAUUUCCCAAAUACAGAGAAGCCUACUUGAAGGAGUGCUGGCCACUGGUGCAAAAAGCACUGGGGGACUGUGAAAUUAAAGCAACUCUAGAUUUGAUUGAGGGCAGCAUGACGGUCAGCACCAGUAGAAAGACCUUUGAUCCAUACGUCAUUAUAAAGGCUAGAGACCUGAUAAAGCUGCUGGCAAGAAGUGUUCCUUUUGAACAGGCUGUGCGUAUUCUUCAAGAUGACAUGGCAUGUGACAUCAUUAAAAUUGGCUCUUUAGUAAGAAAUAGAGAGAGGUUUGUGAAAAGAAGACAGAGAUUGAUUGGUCCAAAAGGAUCCACCCUCAAGGCGCUUGAACUUUUGACAAGCUGUUACGUUAUGGUUCAGGGGAACACUGUGUCUGCCUUGGGGCCAUACAAUGGGUUAAAGGAAGUUAGAAAAGUAGUACUGGACACAAUGAAGAACGUUCACCCGAUAUACAACAUCAAGACGUUAAUGAUCAAGCGUGAGUUGUCGAGAGAUCCAGAGCUCAGAAUGCAGAGCUGGGAGAGAUUCCUGCCCAACUUCAAACAUAAAAACCUGAGCAAACGGAAGGAGCCCAAGAAGAAAACAGUUAAGAGAGAGUACACACCGUUCCCACCACCACAGCCAGAGAGCCAGAUGGACAAAGAGUUAGCAACUGGUGAAUUCUUCCUACGAGAAAGCCAGAAGAGAAGGAAGAAGUUGGAGGAAAUAAAGGUGAAACAAGCUGAAGCUCUAACUAAGAAACAAGAAGAAAGGAGCAAAGCAUUUAUUCCUCCUAAAGAGAAUCCUGCUGGGAAAACAAAGAGAGCUCCAACUGAAACCAAAAUUGACAUUGAAGCCAUCAAAGACAAAGUCAAGAAAGCCAAGAGUAAGAAGCUGGGUGCUCCCCCAGUUAACAGAGCAGCUGAGACUGCUUCUGCAAGUGUAAAGAAAAAGAAGAAAAGGAGCUAGGUUUUAUCCUGCAGCGACAGAUGUGUUCUUUUGGGAUACAAAUUCAUUUUUCCCUUUAUCUCUUGCUUUGGGACAUUCUGUAUAGGGGAAAUGUAAUGUAGAAAUUGCUUGUAGAGUACCAAUAUCAAAGUAGCAAUACAACAAACAUUGCAGAUAAAAGGAGAGAAAGGACCAUGUUGAGAUCUAUUUCAGUCAGUUUGGUUAUCCUGUAUUUUGGUUAAUAUAGAAUUUUAUUUUUAAAUAAUUACAAACUUUGCUAAUCCUUUUUUUUUUUUUUUUAAGAAGUUUGCAAAAGUGUUAAGCAGUGUUGUAAUUGCAUUAAGGAACUUGAAUGAGUGAAUUGCCAGACCUUAAAGUAAUUGCAGCAAAACUUUUUUUUUUUAUAUUAAAUCUUGCCCUUUUUGCACUUCCUUCAGCUACUUGUGUACAGUUUUGAAAGAAACACAUGUUCUAGCAGACUUGUCUUCAUUUCAAAACAUUACCUGGUACUACUUUAGGUUAAAAGUUUGGUUUCUAAUCCUUAGUGCAGGGUAUCUGAUAUCUUCACUUCCUGAGUCAUUUCACCUCCGCUGGGUCAUGACAGAAAAAGAAGCCGGGGGGACGGAGACGAAAGACAAGUUCCCCCUGCAGGUCAAAUGCAGCGCUAACUGAAAGCACUGUUUGCAAACAGUUUUUUUUAAAGUUUAGUAACAUAUGUCAUGUUUACUGUAAUGUGUUUCUUUCAGGAUUGGUCAUUGCAGAUAUGCCACAACUAUAAUGGUUUGCAACAGCGCAUACUGCAUGCUUGCUCCUUCGUUGCCAUUUUACCACUUUGCUUUCCAGUCAUGCCCUCCCCUCAAAGCAUGUAUGAAAGUAUAUUAGUGCUAACUUGUGUCAAUUUCCCAAGCAAUUAUGCAAAAGUAGACAGAUCUGCUAGGAGUUAGGUAAAACACCCACAGCUAUUCAGUGUGUGUUCUUUUGCCAAACACUCAGAUUUCAGAUUAUAAUUCUGCCUGCUGAAAGCUGGUUCAGAUGUGCUUUCAAGAAAUGUCAUCUUCAAACCAUUUCGGGGACAGACCUCAAAACCCCAUGUCAUUAUUUUGUAUUUUCUUUAAUGUUUUCUUACAUCAACACUCCUGUGACAGUACCCUUGCCACAGUGAGAGAUUUUACAAACUUUCCAGCUGGUUUUAUUGUAUACUUACUAUUUAAAAACAGGGCACUACAACAUCCUUUGUGUUUUUUAUAUAUAUAAUCUCUCUAUUCCUUCCUGUUUCAGGUGAGCUCAAACCUAGUGAAAAGACAGAUUUACAGAAAUGAUAAUGUAAGAUUGUAACAGUCAAAAUUAUUCCAAAAACAAUGAAAUGUUCUGCUUUUAGUAACAGUAAAG